AUGAAGUUCACAAUGUGGAUUUCAUUGGCCCUUGUAGGAAUUGGCGUCUUCUUUGCAAGAGACGGCAAUGCACAAGAGGCUGCAAUAGAUGAGAGUAUAGCCCGUCGGCGGAUAUCCCAAUCACAUCAGGUCAACAGUAGUACACCGCCACAACGGAUACCCCAACAGACAGAGGAUGACGACGACGAUGACGACAACCUGGCCCUGCAAAGAGCAUUAGCACAAGAACAAAAGCAACAAUCCAUAUAUAGAGGUACUACUAAUAGAAAAUUCAAGGCCAGGGAGGCUGAUGAGGCAUGGUUUGGGGAAUUUCUACUUAGGACAUCAAUGAUGGGUAGCAUGCUUUCUGAGGAACCUAGUCAAGCACCGACACGAGACCCAACUGGAUCACCUACAUUGGAACCAACAAUUCGAGCUCAAACAGAAAAGCCAUCGCCAAUGCCAGUCACAGAAACACCAACACUGUCACCAACCAACUCUCCCAUGGUGAAACCGACAAAGUCUCCCACAACUGAGUCUCCCACAACUGAGUCUCCCACGGUGUCACCGACGAAGACUCCCACAACCAAAUCCCCCACAACGUCACCUACCGAUUCUCCCACAACAUCUCCCACGGACAACCCCACGACAACUAAACCCACGGUAUCACCAACAAAAACCCCAUCGGAGGCGCCAACGAUUGAGCCAACAGAAGCGCCGUCUCCAAAUCCCUCGGCAGAUCCGACUCCAGCACCAACGUUUGAACCGACUGAAGCCCCAACCACAAAGAUACCUUCGGGGAUACCAACGCGAACUCCCUCGACAAGUCCCACUAUCAUUCCGACACAGUCGCCCACUUCUUCACCAACUUUCAAUCCGACUGUCUUUCCAACACCAGGACCCACUGUGUCAACAGUCGCCCCAACCACGGUCCAACCGACGCUGCAACCCACAACAACUGCACCUACGACGUUACAGCCAACCACAGAUCCGCCCACGACGAAUGCACCGUCACCAGCACCCAUCUCUAGUUUCCCGACCAUGCUGCCAACUGGAAAUCAAUCUGUAGGGCCACCCACCCAACCAUGUACAGUGGAGGUGGAAAUAUCGUGCAUCUGGGCUGUCGAUGGUGAAACAGAUUGCCGUGACAUUCCCAUACCGGGUGCAUGUUCCGCCAAGGCCAUCCCGUUGCAGAACGUUGGCACGGGUGUACCGCUUUCCUCCGUUGCCAUGUUGUACGACUACAUGCCCUGCAAUAGCAGUCUGACGUUGCAACAACAACCCGAAGAGUUUGAAUGCUUCGAUCAAGGACAGCCUUCGUCAUCCACUUCCUUUGAUGCCCAAAUCGCAUGCAUUGACGACGAAAUGAACGUGCUCGUAGACAGCACCUUCUCGCCUGGUCAAUUCGUGCUGCUGGAAGGCAUGAAUGCCAAUGGAGAUCUGGGACAAGUGGUGCGCUGUGAGAUUUCCGAGGUGACAAUCGGGCAAGACAAUGAACAAAUCCUGAACCGAGUGCAAGAAAUGCACAUCACGACGGCGGUAGUUGGUAACUUCUAUCUGCAAGAUCGAUACGGAAGUUUUGUCGUGGAAAGCUGCGAGGACCAACGAUGUGUGGAACCCGUUCAGUACUCCUACACCGUUACCAAUACUCAAAGCGAAGCUCAAACCAUCGCCGAGUUGAUGAGGAAUCGAAGUGGCGACAUGGUCAGCCUCUUACCGCUCAUCCCAGCGGACGAGUUUACUCUAGAACCCGGACAAAGCACUGUGGUCACCGAGGAAGGAGGCGUUAACCUUUGCUUUGAUGCGACGAUCGACACCAACGUAAUGGUUCGUACAACGGAGGAAGAUGGGAGUGCCUUUUGUCGGGGCUCCGACGACUACAGCAUCCUUGUGGAGGUGGAAUGUCGAAUCGAUAUCGACAUCACAUGCAUGACCGAUGAGGGUGACGAAUGCAGUGGCAUGGGUCUGCCGGUUGUGACCUGUGCGAUUGAUGGCGAGGAAGUUCGGGCAUUGAGGAUGCGAUACGAGGGCAGCCCGUGCAACGCGACCAUGAACAGCCAAGGAGAUGUUGCGACUUGCAGAGAUUUCACAAUGCCCAUCGAUCGAGUCCUGAUAGUGUGCACCGACAGCGUAGCCAGUACACCUCUUCCUUUGGAAACUGCAAUUGAAUCUGGUGAAGCAGAUGUCGGGGACGGCGAUACAAUUGUUCUCUCGCUCGGUGGUGUAGAUGGCGCUUUCGUCCUCCCUUUCAACGUUUCGUGCGAAAUCCGUGGUUCGUUGGAUAAUGUCCUCCAUCAGGUUGUUUCGUUCGACGCUUCAGGGGGCACUGAGCUCAACCUGCAAGAUCGGUUUGGAAGCUUGCAGGUGGAGGCAUGCAGCACCGACAGCCUGAGGCUUGACUGUCUGACAACUGUUUGUCUCGAGUAUUCGAUUCAAAAUGUGGGAACCAAUGAUGUCGACAUUAUCGAUCUCACUCGAACCCUUCGCGGUGACACUGGGGCAUUAAUCGAUCUGCUCCCUACAACAAUGUUGGUCUCGGGACAAAGAACAGAGGCCGUGGAGAAGUUUGUCGUGGAUAGUUGUGCCCCAGAAGAAUAUUGCAUAUCUUCUGUUGUACAGUCAUCUGGGGCGAACGAGCUUGUCUGUGAGGACGAGGACGAGCUCUGUUUCCUUGGAAUGAUGCAGUGCCAGAUAAGCCUAGAUAUGAGCUGCUUGACUUCCAUUGACGGAGUAACGGGCGACUGCAUUGAUCUGCAAGGCGAGCAAUUUCCACAAUGCGUUUGCGAGGAAUGCGUCGGCACUUUGCGCUUUCGGUAUACCGCAUCGCCGUGCCCUGAUACAGCUGUACCGGGUCUUCUUUCAUGUCUCGACGAAAAUCCAAUGCCAGAAGCUGGGGCAUCCAUCGUGAUAUCUGCCAUGGACACGGUUUUAUUCGAAGGAGUUGUUGCCAAUGGAGAAGAGGUUGAGUUGACUCAAGAUACAAACUGCUUGCCAGGAGAAAUCCUUAUGGCGGUCAGCGCUGAAGGAGCGACGACAUCAAGUCAAGUUGUCUCAAUCGAUACUUCUUGCUCGGACCCAGGAAUCAUUCUUCUUGAAAAUUUCGGCGCCUUCCAAUUUACGGGAUACACUUGCCCGGAGGAAAACACUCCUCACUUUUGCUUUGUCGAUGCUCGGUUCGACAUGGUUGCCGCUAACGUAGGCAGUGACAGCCAAACUGUGACAUCCUUCAAUUUCACUAUCAACGGAGCCGAAACAGAUCUACUCGAAGACAUCGGCGACAGACAGCUGGAUCCUUCAGAAACCUUGGCAGUUAACACUUCUGUUGUUCUUGAACGCUGCGUCACGAAAGAGUACCUAGCAACGAGCUCUGUGGAGGGCAACGACGGAGAAUGUUCCGCGGCGGCAGUUAUCUUGAUAGGACCGCUCGAACCAGGUACUCCUUCCCCUUCAAGCGCUCCAGUGACACCAACGUUGGCACCAACACAAUCUCCAACAACUCAAGCUCCCGUUCCCAUACCCCCCAACGCGGAGCCGACUGAGGUCCCAUCGCAGGCUCCGACCUCCGACUGUGUUCUCGACGUUCAAACUGAGUGUAUACCUCCUCCUGGAUCCGACAGCUGUGAAGAAAUUCGCACCGAGCCCGUGCUUUGUCAGGAUCGUCCUCGCUCCAUGGUUUUUCUCUACGAAGGUGGAGAUUGUGGCAACAGCUUCAAUGCUCAAUCGGGACCGCUCUCCAUCUGUCGAGAUUUCAACGGGGGGCCGCCGACAGAGUUUGGCGAAUCCUCAUACAUUGUGGUGACCGAUAUCCGAGGUGCUGGCAUCUUAUAUUUCCACGGGUGGGUUGGAGUCGGUGAGCUCUUUUCGAUCGCGUUAGAAGAAGGCGGCUUACUUGACGCAAAUCAGAACAUAACUGUGUACGCUACAAAUGACACAGUGCCUGACAACAUCAUUCAGACAUUGAAGUACCAUUCCUCAUGUUCGGACUCACCCGAGGCGCAAAGUCUUUUUCUGAAGGAUCGUUUUGGAGCGAUGCAGCUCGUAGGCUUCAACAACUCGGAACAGGGAGAAGUGUCGUGUUUCGUCACUGCCGGGAUCGAAACAAGUGUAACUGUCGCGCAGACUGUAUCUGGUCAACCUGUCACGAUGACUUCGAUUGUAUCGAGGUUUACAUCGGCUCCCGAAGGCGACGAAGGUCUUGUUAACUUUACGUCUCAAGUGGAGGGAGAAGAGCUCUCUUCAGAUGGUCCAGCAAUCGACGUAAACUUCGACCUGGACCUCAACUUGACCGUUCGACGAACUUACAGUGUCUUCACGACAGUAACGGGCCUGGCAUCAGAUGGUCGGGAGUGUCGGGGAAGCGACCUGUUUCAAUUUGCUGCUGGUCAGGCACCUCCACCUCUCUUCCCAACGAUUGCUCCAACACAGUUUCCAACACAGUCGCUUCAACCAAGUCCAGACCCGCAAACCACACCCUGUGAGUUGACCGCAGUUCUGACUUGCAUUGUCAUUCGGGGCGGUUCGAACACUUGCGCGGGAUUGCAAAACCCGAGCGAUGUGACUUGCACAGGUGACAUGAGUCCUAGUUCCUUGACUUUCGUAUACACGGGGGAUCGGUGUCCAGUGAAUCCUCAGAACUAUGAGUGCUUAGAUACAGAGCUGAACUCUGGCGCACCGAGGGAAAAUGUGUUCGUGGAGGUCACGGAAGGGGAACGGAUCAUUGGCUUUAGCGAGGUUGGACUCAACGAAAUGAUUGUGGUGGACGGUGACUAUGGUGCUUCCACGCGCAUUACGCUGUACACUGUGGUCAACGGAUUACGAGGUGACGAACUUCAGAUUCUUGAUAUUCCAACAUCAUGCGAUCCCAACGAUGACUUGACUUUGCUAAACCAAUACGGCGCACUGCAGUUGACGGGCUUUACCAAUGCAGCCUCCGGGGAACAAGGAAUUUCGGCGCAGAUUGAGCUCAUUUACGCAGUGGAGAACAGCGGUUUUCAAGUGACUGAAGUGUCGAGUGCACUGAUCAUUGACGCCUUUGAUGGUGGUCCUUUUGAGAUUGUGGACGACCCAUUCCUACUGGAGUCGGGCGCCGUCACAAUUCUGAAUCGAAACGAGCAGACUCUGAACUUGAGGCUCAAGGAGCAAUUGGAGAGAAUAGAUACGUUCUUUCUUUCAGUGAGGGGGACUUCCACAUUCAACAAUAUUGCCUGUACAGAUACGGCGCAAUUGUCAUUCUAA